AUGGCUGCUGCGAAAGAGACCUCACCCAACUUGCGCGACCCUGCCAGCGACAAAGACAUCGAGCGUCGUGGCAGCGUCGCAAGGACAGAUAAAGGACGAUGGGAAAAGCUCUGGCCCGUCAUGGCCUGCGGUGCCGGACUGUUCAGUGAUGGCUACUUGAACAAUAUCAUCGGACCUGUCAAUACCAUGCUUAGCAAAAUCUAUCCGAAAGAGUAUACCGGCUCGUCCAUCCAGGCGAACAUUAGCAGUAUCACGUUUGCCGGCACAGUUGUCGGGAUGCUCUUUUUCGGCUACACAUCGGAUCAUUUCUCGCGGAAAUGGUCGCUCGUAGUAUCGACUAUAAUUAUCCUCCUGUUCGCUGCACUUGGGACAGGAUCUUAUGGAGCAGGCGGGAGUCCGUCGGGAUUGUUGACAGCGCUGGCUGUAUAUCGAUUCUUCUUGGGCAUCGGAAUUGGAGGGGAGUACCCGGCAGGCAGUGUGGGCUGUGCAGAAUCCACCGGCGAACUCGAAGCGGGCAGCCGCAACAAGUAUUUCAUCCUUUUCACGAAUGUUCAGAUCGAUCUCGCCUUCUUGAUCGCCGCAAUAGUCGCCACCGUCGUAGUGGUCAUCACUGGAGAAAACCAUCUACGUGUAGCAUGGCGAAUAUGUCUCGGACUCGGAGUUUUGCCUCCGUUGUCACUCAUGUAUCUGCGGUUCAAACUCCAGGAGCCUGAGGCUUUCAAGCGCGAGUCCAUGGCCAAAUCCAAGACUCCAUGGCUGCUCAUUAUCAAGUAUUACUGGUUCCGACUCAGUAUCGUCAGCAUCAUCUGGUUCAUCUACGAUUUCAGCGCCUAUUCGUUUGGUAUCUAUGCUAGCACCAUUUUGUCAAACUUGCUUGGACCUACAUCGCCAUUAUGGAAGAGUCUGGCAUGGAACAUCCUAAUCAACUUCUUCUACAUGCCGGGAUGUCUGGCUGGUGCUUUCGUCGCCGACUUACCAUCUAUGGGCCCGAAGAAAACAUUGUGCAUUGGAGUCACGCUGCAAGGCAUCAUUGGAUUUAUUAUGGCCGGAUGCUAUCCUUGGCUUGCUAAGCCUGAGAACGUUGCAGGCUUUGUAGUCGUAUAUGGCAUCUUCCUCGCUCUGGGCGAAUUUGGGCCAGGCGACAACAUUGGCCUAGUUGCAUCGAAGACUUGCGCGACUGGUAUACGAGGCCAAUACUAUGGUAUCGCGGCGGCUGUCGGCAAGAUUGGUGCAUUCGCUGGCUCCUACGCGCUGUCCGCUCUGCAAGCUGCGGCCGGUGACGACGAGGUUGCAGCAGGCCGCAAUCCAUUCUUCGUUGCCAGUACCCUCGCCUUUUUGGCCGCAGGUCUGGUCUUGCUGCUUCCACACAUCGGACAGGAUACGAUUGACAAGGAGGAUGUGGACUUCCGCCAGUACCUGACAGCGAACGGAUACGACACAAGCCAGAUGGGAUUACAGGGUGAGAAGACUGGGGGUCGCGAUGAGCUGAACGACAGGGUAAUAGGAGAGAAGCAUUGA